CCGUAACCGCAGUCCACGUCCGCCGACCGUCUGGUACGCACCUCGCACGUCGGCCGCCGCCAUUUUGCCGGUAAAAAUUUACUGAUCUCGUCGUCGUCGUCGUCGUGUUUUUUUUUUUUUUUACCGUUUUUCCCCCGUGGUAUUUGUUUUGUUUGCGUUUUUUUUUCCCUGUGAUGAUCGGUUUAUUAUUAAUAAAAUAACAACCGCACCUACAACGAUAAUAUAUAAUAUUAUUAGUGUACAAUACAGCACUUUGUUAUUGAUAAUACGCCGCUUUAUACGUUAUAUUAUAUUAUUUUGUUUUGUUGUUUUUGUUUUAAAGACUACCCGCAAUACUCGCGCAAACAAUCCGGCACACUGGUUUAACGGAAACACAUGAAAGAGAGAAAAAAUUAAUCUGCUGUAGUAAUAAGACCAAACGUCACCCAACACAAAAUGUCUAAAACUACACAAACGAGUCACAAUUAAGACGUUUUUAAGAUCAGACAUGCGGGAACAAGCGUUUGCCGUCGUCGCCAACGCUCGCACCUAACCUAACUGCUGGUGUGUUGUGCACACUCGAUCGCCGCUGACCGGAACCGUGAACGCCUGAACAGGCGGCGAACAUGAAACUCGCGUCGUAUUUCUACCGUCGCAAGUCGGCGCUGCUCAAGGGCCUCGUGCUCGGCUGCACCGUCUGGAUGACCAUCACCGUGCUGAUGUUCAUGGAGGACAGGCGUAUCUCGCCGGCGUCCAACGAGGCGGCGGCGGCGGCGUCCCUGUACCAGCCGCCGUCGGCGCAGCGCUUGAUGUCGGACGCGGCCGACGAGGCCGAAGACAACCGGCUGCUGGAAGAAGAGUUCCCGCUGGAGGGUGGCGUCGAGAACAGGGAACAGCCGCCGGCGCAGCAAGCGUUGCGCACGUCGUCCAAACGAUCCGCCGCCGCCGCGGCCAUCGGCGCGUCCGGCGUACUGCUGUCCGGCGAGGGCGUGCUGCCGCAACCGAACGGCGGCAACGGCAAGGGUCAACAGCUGUACGGCGAAAUGGGCCGUCCCGUCGUGUUGCCGGCCAACCUGACGGAUGACGUCAAACAAUUGGUGAGCGAAGGAUGGACGAAGAACGCGUUCAACCAGUACGCCAGCGAUCUCAUAUCAGUGCACAGGAAGUUACCGGAUCCAAGGGACGAAUGGUGCAAACAACCGGGAAGAUAUGUGGAAAACUUGCCGCAGACUUCGGUGGUCGUGUGUUUCCACAACGAAGCUUGGUCCGUGCUACUGCGGACUGUUCAUUCCAUACUGGACAGAUCUCCGGAACAUCUCAUCAGGGAAAUCAUUCUAGUCGACGACUUUUCCGACAUGCCUCAUCUCAAGAAACAGCUCGAGGAAUACAUGGAAAACUAUCCAAAAGUGAAAAUAAUUCGGGCGGCCAAGAGAGAGGGACUGAUACGAGCCAGACUAAUGGGCGCCAGACACGCUUCCGCGCCCGUCUUGACUUAUCUCGAUUCGCAUUGCGAGUGCACAGAAGGGUGGCUUGAACCGCUGUUGGACAGAAUAGCCAGGGAAGCUUCGACCGUGGUGUGUCCCGUGAUCGACGUGAUCGACGAUACUACGUUGGAGUUCCACUACAGAGACGCCGGUGGCGUUAACGUGGGUGGAUUCGAUUGGAAUUUACAGUUCAACUGGCACGUGGUGCCGGACAGGGAGAAGAAACGGCAUCAAAACCAAGCCGAACCCGUUUGGUCUCCCACGAUGGCCGGUGGACUGUUCGCCAUCGACAAGAAGUUCUUCGAACGUCUUGGCACCUACGACAGUGGAUUCGACAUUUGGGGCGGCGAAAACCUGGAACUGUCCUUCAAGACCUGGAUGUGCGGCGGCACUUUGGAAAUCGUACCGUGCUCGCAUGUCGGUCACAUAUUCAGGAAGAGGUCGCCGUACAAGUGGAGGUCCGGCGUUAACGUGCUCAAGAAAAACUCCAUCAGACUGGCCGAAGUGUGGAUGGACGACUACGCCAAGUACUACUACGAGCGGAUCGGACGCGACUUGGGCGACUUCGGGGACAUCAAAGCGCGGAAAGACCUGAGAAGGAAAUUGAAAUGCAAGCCGUUCAAAUGGUAUUUGGAUAACAUAUACCCGGAACUUUUCAUUCCCGGCGAUGCCGUAGCAUCUGGAGAGAUAAAAAACGCAAACUCAAAUAUGUGCAUUGACUUAAACUCGGACGUGAAGUACAGUGAAAAAUUUACCAAUGUGUGGGAAUGUCACCACCAAGGUGGCAACCAGUACUGGAUGCUUAGCAAAAUGGGAGAGAUCAGACGGGACGAAUCGUGCUUGGACUUCGCCGGCACCGAUGUAAUCUUAUACCCGUGCCACGGAUCCAAAGGCAACCAAUAUUGGAAGUACAAUGCUGAUACAAAACAGCUGAGGCACGGCAGCAGCAGGAAAUGUCUUGCGAUCAACACUUCCAGAGACAAAUUGGUGAUGGAAGAGUGCGAUGCACAUCUGAGCAGACAACAAUGGCUGUUCGAGAACUUCGACCCGUCCAAAUCGACCGAAGGCCCCAAGAAGCAAAAAGACUACUGACGAUCAAAAUAACCGCUGUCAUACGUGUUGUUUUUUUUUUUUAUUUUUAUUUAUUUAGUUGAUCAAAAUUUCCGUUAUACAUAGUACAAACCCUUGUCGCGGGAGGGUUGUAAUUGUUUUUUUUUUUCGUUGUUUUUCUAUGUAUGUCAAAGACAUUAUUCGUACGACAUGACAUCUGUGUAAUUGUUUGUUUAUUUAUAAUGUUUAUAUAUUAUAUCCUUAUUUUUUUUUUUUAAUCACAACUUACCCGAAUAUCAACAUCAUAUUUUAUCGAUGUACUUAAUCAGUAUUACCUUAAACGAACAAAAAAAAAAUAAAUAAAUAACAUUCCAUGACAUAUCCUCCAACUUAUUAUCUUUUAUUUUGUAUAAUUUCAAACCCUAGCCAAUUAUAAUAUGCAUUAAUUAUACGAAUAUUAUUUAUUGUUAUAAUAUAAUGUAUGGGUUUUCUUUUCGUUGUACAUACGCAUCUGACGAAGUAUCAUUAAGUAUUUAAAAUUGAAUAUAUUAAUUAUAUAUCAUUAUUAUCAAAAUAUAUACAUUUAUAUUUAUUUGUAUAUUUUAGAAAAAUAAUGAUCAAUGUCAUCUUUAUACGCUCUCUCUCUCUUUCUAAU